UUGCUGGUCAGUGACAUGCCUAUCUCCGCCUGGCUCUAUAUGCCUGCUUGCACGAAUUUGGACAGAGUGGUACAGACAUCGCCGAUAGAGACUGCAAACACUGACCAUCCCCUUUAAACACAGUCUUAUGACUUACAGACCUCAAUCAGCAGCACAUCAAAGAGUCGGACAGGCUAACAUACUGUGGCGAUCGGAACACACGAAGACACAGACCCGCAGUCAGGACUGAGACCAGAUAUUGGGAGCAACACUUCAACUGCUGCAUCAAUAACGAACUAGACACCAUUCUGUUGAAUUAUUUCGCUUCCGCUGACGUCAUGUGGCGGCUAGCUGUGACCAGACUGUUUCUGUGCCUGUGGGUCGUCAAGAAGGGAAGCAGCCAUCUCCAGGACUCGCUCAAGGAAAUUAACACAGAAUUUGCUGUCCGCUUCUAUCAAAAAUUAGCAGAAACUAAAAACAACUCCAACUUGAUAGUGUCCCCGGUGAGCGUUUCUGUGACACUGGGGUUACUGCAGUUUGGAGCCCAAGGAAACACAUUCUCCCAGCUAGAAAGUGCUCUGGGAUAUAAUGUUAAUGAUCACAGAGUACAAGACUUCCUCCAUAGAAUGUAUGAGGAUGUGACAAACUCGAGUCGGAGCACUGUGCUCCAGCUGGCCUGCGCCCUCUUUGUGCAGAAUGCAACCAAGCUCUCGCCUGCCUUUGCUCAGUACGUCUCAUCCUGGGUGAACAGCAGCCUGCAACAGGCCAACUUCAGCGAACCCAACCUGACACGCACACAAAUAAGCCAGUGGGUCCACAGUCAGAGCGGAGGUGAAAUCACUGACGUCAUGUCUUGUGACCUGAUAAGCUCAACCCUGACUCAGAUUGCCGUGGUUAACACCGUGUUCUUCAAGAGCACUUGGCAGAAGCAGUUCUUAUUCACAGAGACUCACAACCUGCCCUUCACCAUCGCAGACGGAUCCACCUUGAAAGUACCCAUGAUGUACCAGGCAGCUGAAGUCAAUUUCGGUCAGUUUAAAACUCCAGCAGAGCAGAGGUUCACUGUGGUGGAGCUCUCUUACCUCGGGAAUGCAGUCAGCAUGUUUGUAGUCCUGCCGAGUGAGAGGAAGACUUCCCUCUCCCUUAUAGAGCCAUACAUCACUGCACGAGGGAUUGCACUGUGGGCUAGCAGCCUGAGCAAGAUCAAAAUGGACGUUUUCCUACCAAGGUUUAAAAUUCAAAAUAAAUUCAAUUUGAAGACGGUCUUACUUUCGUUGGGAAUCACUGAUUUGUUUGAUCCUGACAAGGCAGACUUCAGGGGAAUUUCAGAACAGGAUAGCCUUUAUGUUUCAGAAGCCAUACAUGAAGCAAAAAUUGAAGUAACUGAAGAAGGGACCAAAGCUUCAGCAGUUACAGCCAUGGUGCUUCUCAAAAGAUCCAGGGCCCCAGUUUUCAAAGCAGACAGGCCAUUCUUCUUUCUGCUGCGGCAGGCCAAUACAGGUUCUAUUCUCUUUGUUGGAAGGGUUCAAAACCCACUGGCAUAGGCAGGGUCUGAGCCCUGCUUUCACACACACAAUGCAGAUUAAGGAGUGUAGCAAAUUCCUGUUUAUUUUGGAUCUACUGGAAUUUAGGG